UGCAUUUGAUAAGUUUAACUUACAAUAUGGAGUUAACAGUGAUAAAGUGAUAUUGUGUUACAUUAAAAAAAUUAAAUUUAAAGCACUCGUUUUGUUUGAAAAACAAACGAAUCUUUGUGCUGAUUAAUCGAGUCACGUACUUAUCUUGUUUGGCAAACAAACAAAUUAUUGUGCUGUGCUCAAAUAUUUGAACCAAUAUUGGAACAAACAUGGCUCCACCAUUCGGAUACCCCAACUAUGAUUUUAUAGAAGAAGAUAUAAAAGAAAAUGAAACAGUUGAAGAUGACGUUGGCUAUCCUGAAAUGGUGUUCUGGUACACCGUUGUAAUGGUCGCAAUGUUACUCCUUUGGCUACUCAUAUUCUUCUGCCUAAGGAUAAUUUCAAUAAGUCAAAAAACUCGCAAUCCGCAGCAGAGGCGGCAGUACCUGGGGUCUCGGACGCGGACCUCGCUACCGCAGCCAGACCCCACGGUCUACGUCAGCCCCGCCAAUUUACCCCCACCGCCGAAAUAUGAGGCCAUGGCACCGCCCAGCUAUGAAGAAGUGGUUGGUAUACACUAUCCCAACUAUCAACCACCAAUGCAGCCAAUCGCACAGCCCAUAGCAACCGCUAUGGCACAGAACGCUAGUGCCAAUGUUGACACCGAAGCUGCAACAAAUAGAAACAAUGACAACCAAUCAAACACGCAAACAACACUAACAGUCACCAAUGAAAGGACCACUACCGCUGCAGUGGCUGUCAGCUCAUGAUGUGAUCGCUUUUGACUUUGACAGAUGUCACUUACGAGCCAAAGAUUAAAAA